UCUGACUCUCUGUCAGUCACUCAGUCAGAAUAGAGAAAUUGAAAUGUGUCACGCUGAUGUGACUAAAAUGCCAGGGCUGAAUUUUUAUCCCAGUCCGCCCCUGGAUAUAGAUUACUUUAUAGCACUAGAAAUCUGAUUAAAAUCAUAACAUUUUUGGAUUAAACACAUAAUCAUAUCACACUGUACACUUGCGACCGCCACUCCCCUCCCAGUUAUCUCUGGCAAGUGCAGUGGCUGGUCUCACUGUCGAAUCAGAGGUACGCAGGACUGAACGUUUAGGAGGCUACCAUGGACGUUCGUCGGAUCCAUAAAUGGACUGUGCACUACUCGCAACAUCACCAGGUCUAAUGUGUCCUUCCCAAGCGACACCAUCGAAAGAAUGCAGCUGCUUACUUACACAACUUUGUUCGGGUUUAUCCUCAAAGCAGGGCUGGCACUGCAGAUCCAGUGUUAUCAGUGUGAAGAGGUCACUCACAAUGACUGCUCCACACCCGAGUUCAUCGUCAACUGCACUGUCAACGUGCAAGACAUGUGUCAGAAGGAGGUACUAGUGAAAGAAGACGGAAAACACUACCGCAAGUCCUGCGCCUCGUCUGGUGCCUGCCUCAUCGCCUCCUCUGGCUACCAGCAGUUCUGCACAGGGAAACUCAACUCAGUGUGCAUCAGCUGCUGCAACACACCCCUCUGUAAUGGACCGCGUCAGAAGAAACAGAGUUCCAGAAAAAGAGUUCCCUCUGCUGCCUCGUCUCUAAUCCCACUACCCAGCCUCUCCCUCAUUUGUAUUCCCUUCCUCCUGUACCCAUCCUCCAUAUUCUGCUGACAGAGCUUACGAUUGGCUGGUUUGGUCUCAUCAAGACUGUGGUCCAGCUUUUUGGACUCAGCCUGUGCUUCAGUGAAAGGUUCUCCAGCCUGUACGGUGUCCAUAUCUUCAAUGGAUGUGUGACACUGUCCUAAUAUGGACACCGUAUUUAAGAAGAUGCCCUAAUAUGGACAGUGACUUAAGGUCUAAAGACAUUGACUGAAAUGAGGUACUGAUCUUGACAAAUAUGUUCAUUGAGUGAGUCAGGUUUGAUAGACAAUAGGCAGGUUAACCAAUGGCCCAGGUUUAUUUGACAAAAGCAAGCUAGGUGUAAUGGAAACGGAAGAUAUAGAUCGACAACAUUAUUAUCCAUUUGACAGGGUUGAUUUGACUUUUGCUAAACUUUCCUUAUUGCCACAAUGAUGAUGGAAACAGUGUUUUUUCAAAUAAAUGCUGAUUGCCAAAUCAUUUUGAAGGUACCAGUUAAAAGUUUGGACAGACCUACUCAUUCCAAGAUUUUUCUUUAUUUUGACUAUUUUCUACAUUGUAGAAUAAUAGUGGACACAUCAAAACUAUGAAAUAACACAUAUAGAAUCAUGUAGUAACCAAAAAAGUGUUAAACAAAUCAACAUAUAUCUUAAAUGUGAGAUUCUUCAAAGUAGCCACUAUUUGCCUUGAUGACAGCUUUUUGCACCCUCUUGGCAUUCUCUCAACCAGCUUCAUGAGGUAAUCACCUGGAAUGCAUUUUAAUUAACAGGUGUGCCUUGUUAAUUUGUGGAAUUUCUUUCCUUCUUAAUGCGUUUGAGCCAAUCAGUUGUGUUGUGACAAGGUAGAGGUGGUAUACAGAAGAUAGCCCUAUUUGGUAAAAGACCAUGUCCAUAUUAUGGCAAUAACAGCUCAAAUAAGCAAAGAGAAACAGCAGUCCAUCAUUAUUUUAACACAUGAAGGUCAGUCAAUACGUAAAAUUUCAAGAACUUUGAAAGUUUCUUCAAGUGCAUUCGCAAAAACCAUCAAGCUCUAUGAUGAAACUGGCUCUCAUGAGGACCGCACAGGAAAGGAAGACCCAGAGUUACCUCUGCUGCAGAGGAUAAGUUCAUUACAGUUACCAGCCUCAGAAAAUGCAGCCCAAAUAAAUGCUACACAGAGUUCAUGUAACAGACACAUCUCAACAUCAACUGUUCAGAGGAAACUGUGUGAAUCAGGCCUCCAUGGUCGAAUUGCUGCAAAGAAAAAACUCCUAAAGGACACCAAUAAGAAGAAGAGACGUGCUUGGGCCAAGAAACAUGAGCAAUGGACAUUAGACCGAUGGAAAUCUGUCCUUUGGUCUGAUGAGUCCAAAUUUGAGCUUUUUGGACUCAUCCAAUGUGUCUUUGUGAGACGCAGAGUAGGUGAACGGAUGAUCUCCGCAUUUGUGGUUCCCACCGUGAAGCAUGGAGGAGGUGGUGUGAUGGUGUGGCGAUGCUUUGCGUGUGUCACUGUCUGAUUUAUUUAGAAUUCAAGGCACACUUAACCAGCAUGCCUACCACAGCAUUCUGCAGCGAUACGCCAUCCCAUCUGGUUUGCACUUAGUGGGACUAUCAUUUAUUUUUCAACAGGACAAUGACCCAACACACUUCCAGGCUAUGUAAGGGCUAUUUGACCAAGAAGGAGAGUGAUGGAGUGCUGCAUCAGAUGACCAAGCAUCCACAAUCACCCGACCUCAACCCAAUUGAGAUGGUUUGGGAUGAGUUGGACCGUGGAGUGAAGGAAAAGCAGCCAAAAGGGGCUCAGCAUAUGUGGGAACUUCAAGACUGUUGGAAAAGCAUUCCAGGUGAAGCUGGUUGAGAGAAUGCCAAGCAUGUGCAAAGCUGUCAUCAAGGCAAAGGGUGGCUACUUUGAAGAAUCUCAAAUAUAAAAUAUAUUUUGAUUUUGUUUAACACUUUUUUGGUUAGAACAUGAUUCCAUAUGUGUUAUUUCAUAGUUUUGAUGUAUUCACUAUUAUUCUACAAUGUAUAAAAUAGUACAAAUAAAGAAAAACCCUUGAACGAGUAGGUGUGUCCAAACUUUUGACUGGUACUGUAUGCUGGGCACAUGAUGGCAUCACAUAACUUUAAAGCUCCGCUACACGUUUAAUUCUAAAUGCCAACUGCUUGCAAAAAAAAAAAUAUAUACUAUAAAAUGAAUGUUUCUUUGCAGGACAAGGAUUGUCCUGACUUUCACAAAGGCCUGAAUUGCUUUGCCUUGUUGGCAAGUUUUACCUUCCAAUUAUUUCAGAUCUACAGGAGUGUAAGUUUCACCAUGGCACGGACGGUGGCAAUACAUUGGCACAUGAUAGUUAAUAUAAUAUGGCAAAUGUUAGUAAAUGAUUUCAUUUUAUCAAUGUUGCUGGCUUUUGCAAGCCUACCUGAGAAAUGAAACCGAUAGGUGGGAGGGCAUACAGGCUGUCGCCAAAUUAUUAAUGUGCUAUUUGCCUAAAUGGGUAAUAGAAACACUUAAACCACAUUUUGUUCGACACCGUAGGUUUUUGCAAACAAUUUUUUUUUUGGUGUGACGUCACUAUGUACAGCUGUUUUAGAUAGUUAAUUGGAAACACACACAGGCAAUUGUCACAUGUAUUUUCUAUGCAAACUUUCUAAAUGUCAACAAAAAAAUCACUGGACAAGUUCAUGGAAACAUAGCUGUUGACUGGCCAACUGAGGGCACUAGAAGGUAAUAUGUACAUUUAUAGAUGAACUGGAUGAGGUAUAUUUGUACAGUAGAUGAAAUGGAGUUCAUGAGGUUGGCACUAGAAGGUAAUAUGUACAUGUAUAGAUGAACUGGAUGAGGUAUAUUUGUACAGUAGAUGAAAUGGAGUUCAACUGAGGGCACUAGAAGGUAAUAUGUACAUGUAUAGAUGAACUGGAUGAGGUAUAUUUGUACAGUAGAUGAAAUGGAGUUCAACUGAGGGCACUAGAAGGUAAUAUGUACAUGUAUAGAUGAACUGGAUGAGGUAUAUUUGUACAGUAGAUGAAAUGGAGUUCAACUGAGGGCACUAGAAGGUAAUAUGUACAUGUAUAGAUGAACUGGAUGAGGUAUAUUUGUACAGUAGAUGAAAUGGAGUUCAACUGAGGGCACUAGAAGGUAAUAUGUACAUGUAUAGAUGAACUGGAUGAGGUAUAUUUGUACAGUAGAUGAAAUGGAGUUCAACUGAGGGCACUAGAAGGUAAUAUGUACAUGUAUAGAUGAACUGGAUGAGGUAUAUUUGUACAGUAGAUGAAAUGGAGUUCAACUGAGGGCACUAGAAGGUAAUAUGUACAUGUAUAGAUGAACUGGAUGAGGUAUAUUUGUACAGUAGAUGAAAUGGAGUUCAACUGAGGGCACUAGAAGGUAAUAUGUACAUGUAUAGAUGAACUGGAUGAGGUAUAUUUGUACAGUAGAUGAAAUGGAGAUGAAAAAAAACACAAAUAACACAACAGAGUAAGUGUCCAUUUUUAAUAUUAAAAUAAUGAUGCAGAUACUGUAGUGAUGAAACAUAAAUUACAUUUGUCUUGAGAUCAAAUCAUGUGCACUGGGUCCAAUUUAGGAAGUGGUCAACUAUGUCAGUGGAUGCCAUGCAAAUGAAUGGAAAAGUAUACUUUGGACACAAUGUACAAUGCAGACACCAUGUCAUGAUGAACAAUGUUGAGAUUAGUUUUCACUGGCAUCUUAAGUGACUGAUAAUAUGAGUUACAGUAUGGCCAAGAGAAGUGUAAUCUCAUGUAAUGGAAACAAAUCACUGUAAUUAACACUGCUCAAAUACCAAGCUUUUCCAAUGUUCCAGGUAUUACAAUGUACAGUAUGAGAUGAAAUUGGUAAAAAUGUCCUGACUGUUCUUUGACUGGAUGUAUUACUUAGUAUGUUAGACUCCUCACAUAUUAUGUCUGUAGAGGCACCUCUCUGACAAAUCAGCUUGUGGCAGAUUGUUGGAGUCUGGGUUGGAUGACACCUUGUAUCCCUCUUCGAUGAAUUGAAUACUGUAAUACUGAACACAGCCAGGUGUCUCUCUUUUGGUUCAUCUUUCAAAGUCGCAUAGAAGUCUUUCUGGACUGUAUUGACUCACAAUGUCAAUCCUACUUCAUAACCUCAGCCAAGAAGCAUGUUAGAGCAUAAGUCAAAACAACUGUCAUACAUGUAUUUUAAUAAACUUAUAUUUCAGUC